AUGGUAGAACAACUCUUAGCCGAAGCUACUGCGGAUCGGCUAAUUCGACCAUCUUUCCCGCACCAACCCAUAGAAGUUAAGGCCGCAUCUCCGCUUCGAAACGGGCCCAAUAGAUCGAGGCAAUUUUCUUCUCGCUUUAAUUCCAACCGUAACUCUAACAAUAAUUUUCAGAGAAGUCCUGGCAGAGAUAUUCCGCGAACUUCGCAACGAGCAACGUCUCCCUCUUGUUAUAACUGCGGAGGAAAAGGACACUAUUCACGCUACUGCUCUUCUCCACGUUAUUCUCGGCAGAAUACAGGUACGCCUUCUCAACGUAGUUAUUCCCGUGAGCGUUCUUUCUCAAGUCCUCCUCGCUCUUCUUACUCUCGUCCUUACUCUGACUCGCGCCGUAGAGUUGAUUUCGAACUAUCACAGGCGCGUGAACAAAUUAAAGCACUGACUCUCUCGUUGCGUGAUAAUGAAUCUGCAUUGCAACAGUCUGAUGCCAGAAUUAAUGCUUUAGUUAAACGUAAUGAGGAACUGGCAAAUUCAACUUUUGGUCACCCUUCUUCAUUUGCUUCGCCUUCAUCUCCUCACGUGAAGUUUAUCUUGCCUAUUUGCAUGCUCUUGUGCUGCACUGUCGUGGGUGCUGUACCCACCUCAGCUUGGCUUUGUCCAAGGGAUUCAGCUGAUACCAUCGCACGAAUUCCUUUGUCAUAUAAUUGCUCUCAUAUCUUGCCUAAAGUCGAUGGUACUCCUCUUCCUCUUCCAUUACAUGUUUAUCGUCCCAAUACCGUACGUUAUGAUACGCCUGCUUUUCUUUGUAAGAUUAUCACUCGUACAGUGACCUUUUCUGUCAAUUUCUUUGGGUAUCGGUUCGAAAAUCACACCGAAACGUAUUCUGUAGUUUCCCUCGAAACCUGUCAACUUAUGACGCAACACCAUCGUUGCGAAUAUGGUGAUAUGUCCCAAGCAGAUAACAUAUGGUCGUCAUCUAAUACUCUGGCCAUUGACUGGCCGUCUGCCCCAUUUGGCUGUUGUGUACAGAAGACAGUUACAGUAUCCAAUUGCCUCCUAAUACCAACUACGGUACACAUGCGGCAUGGUUCCGAGGUACCCGAUUCUCCAGUGGGUAAUCUUGCUAAAUGCUCCUAUGAGGCAGGCCACUGCUUACUGAAAGACGGAUCCAUGCUGUGGUGGACUCCUAACAAAAGGGAGCUUUGUCGCUUUAUCCCAGUAAUGAAAAUGAAAGGCCGCCAAUUAGGCGAGGUGUGGAUAAGUGACUCCAAAGAGUUCGCCUUGUCCUGGCGUGACUCUAGUACUCGGAUCCAAGACUGCGGGGCUCCACUCAUCCUGACAGACCAGGGAUAUGCUAUUACACCUGUUACUCGAGUCCCUCGCUCCGCAGCCCCCGAUACUGGGCUGAUCACAUCAAAUCAGCUGGCGGCUCAACUUUUAGCUGUUGAGGGUUCGGUUCACUCCGCCGUUUCGGCAUUAUUUCACCACGCCUUAUCUGCUAUUUGCGAUCGUACGAACCUCCUCGCAUUUGCUCUUCACACAUCGUUGUCAACAAACCCUACGCUUACGGUCCGCAAUCUUUUGGGCCGAAACGAUAUUGCCGCCACUUCCGUGGGCAACGAUUUAGUUCAAAUACAUCGUUGCAUGCCUGUACCGUCUCAGAGUGUCCGUCUUAUUCCGUUUAACUCUUCCUGUUUUUCGAAGCCUCUGGUCGAACUUUCUCUACCACGUGGCGCUUUGAUCACUUCUUUUAUUGAUCCAUCUACUUUGGUCCUUUCGCAUGAUGCAACUCCAAUUGAUUGCUCGAACAUUUCGCCUUUUUAUUUCAAUAAUGCUCAAGCAUACUAUAGAUUUGAUUCUAUUUCGGGCGAUAUCCAGGCGGUACCUCCCUCUCAGGUUCGCCAAAUAGCAGUUCCUUCAACAUUUAAUGAAUCGGUUGUCGCCCUUCCUCUCACCAUUUUUCAUAAUCUCGUUCUCACAAAUCUCAGUGAAUUAGUACAAGACCAUCAAUGGACUGAGUUGUGGUCUUCAGUAUCGCCAGACUACCUUUUAAAAGCCUCUUCAGUCGCUACUUCUAUAUCAUCCUCCACUGCCACUCAUAGUUCCCUCUCUUCUACAUUCUCCCUAUUUCCUUCUCUUUGGGGUUCAUGGUCUGCAUUCGAUAUUUGGGUCUCCCUUUGUUCACUCUGCGUCUCCUUUGGCCUACUCAGAACUGCUAUUAUACUCUACUGUAAUAUUUAUUACCCGGGCGCUUUGCCCGCUUUUCGAGAACAGUUCAUG